AGUAGAACCACCCACUCCUUUCGACGACAAUUACCUGGCACUCUUGAUGCUCCUCUGGAUCCACUGGGCUGCUUGAGAUUCUCCUUUCAAGGCGUGUUCUCCUGCUCAGAUAAUCCAGAAGUUUUCCUUCCUUUUUUCGGUAAUAGCAAAAAGAAUGCCUAAAGAGCGAGAUCGAUUUCGUGAGUAUGUGGACGAUUUGCAGAACAGAAGGUGGAGGUGCAAGUUUUGUGGCAACGAGUUUGCCGGAAGUACUCCAAGGAUCCGGGCGCACCUCGCUGGAAUUCCAGACCAUGGUAUCAAAGCUUGCGAGAAAGUUAAAGAUCCAGUGAGAGCAGAAGCCUUGGAGACAUUUAAUGGUAAAGGCAGCGGGUUGGAUAAAAGCACGGGAGGCACAUCGGACGAAGGAAUGGAAAGAACAGUUUUUGGCGCAAGUCAAAGUGUACUCCCAAGUGACGAUGCAUGGAAUCCCAACGACACGCAGAACUCGAAUCAACCCUGGUGCGCGCCGCAGCAACCAUCUUGCUAUAGGUGGACUGGAAUUGGUACUCCUUCAGCAUGCCCUCAGGAUCAAGUGUAUUUGCCUACUAGUGAUAUGUCUCUGGAUAGUCUAGAUACCUCCCAGCAACCCGAUCUAUCGAACCAUAGGUUGGAUGCAACAUAUGGAAGUGAAAUUGCUUCGUCUGUCCAGCAACUUCCAAUGGACUGGCCGACUUUAUGUUCUCUUGAUCUAAGUGAGCUACCGGCGCUUCCACAGCUACCAACUCAUCUUGAAUCAGGGAGGGAACAACAAAAUUCAAUAGGGCUAUCAUCAUUCCCAAAUGAUCAGGUCCUUCGCAACAGUAUGUCAAAUGAGCUGCAGGAGUUCAUUGGAGAUGGAAUCACUCCAGAUUCGCUGCUACAUUCAACAAAUUGGUCAAAUAAUCACCACUCUCUGCUGGAGAAUUUUCAUGGAUCUCGUGAUGAAAUUGUAAACAAUUUCGAGGAAAUACAAACGAAUGAGCUGCACGAUCCGACAGUGGUAUCAUCAUUACAAAUUGAUUCAUUCCCUGAUGUGGACGGCGCAAAUCGUUGGCGGGGUUGUGGUCAACCGUGUGAAGUGGAAGUGGAUCCUGUAUGCAGCAAUGCAAGUCCGAUUGACACUGUCCAACACCCUGGUCAGCUUCCCCCAAGGUGUGACAAGAAAGAUGGGAAUGAUGUCCGUCGGUUUCCUUCUCUAACUCCGAUGGACGCAGAUCCCUCAAUUGCAUCACAGCAUUCAAAUUUCGUUGAUUCGCUAGUUCUAGAGCCGACAACAAAUACAAUUGGCCCAUCAUCAUCACAAGCUUCGGUGCCGCCUCAACGUCGAAAUAUUCUACAUCAAUACAUCAAUCUGGAGACAGCGCAGCAGAAUCCAACCAUGCCACCAUCAUCAUGGAAAAGCCAAUUAGUCACAUGUCAGUCAGAAACUCUGAUGGACAUGGAUCCAUGUAUUCCAUCAUUAUCACAAGCCCCAAAUAACGCUCCUCCACCUUCUCAGAUCCUACCUCGUGGAACAGGCUUACUAGGCCAAUCGUCAUUACCAGAAUUAGAUAUGAAUGAGGGGGUGCCUAUAACGUACCAUCCAAACACAGGGAGCAACUUUGAAGAGAAUAAAGCUUUGAAAAGAAAACUAGAACUACUCUAUAGAAAAGAAGUCGACGUAAGGGAUGAGUUAAAUUUUGCUGCGUCUCUAUGUCUAAAGAAGCUGAGAAUGGAAGUUGCGAAUUGGUUGGCGAAUGUGGAGAAGCUUAGAAUUGAUUGUACUGAAGCAGCAAGCGAGGAUUGUUUGCCACCACAUCAACAGGUGGAUAUACUAAUGCGAGAGGCAGAAGACAUUAGGAUACAAGGCAAAGGACUAUUGAAGGCGAGAGAGACCAAAGCCAGUAAAUUGCUAGAAGAAAAUAUGGUGGGAGAGGCAUUUCAAAUAAAUACUAUGAAGAUUUUAGAGUAUCUAGUAGGAAAUCAAAUAUCCCGACUUGGCAUUUAUGGAAUGGGGGGUGUUGGUAAAACGACUAUUAUGGUGCACACACAUAAUAGACUCCUUGAAAAAACAAAUGAUGGCAAAGUGUUAUGGAUCACUGUGUCACAAGAUUUCAACACACAAAGGUUGCAAGACGCCAUUGGGGAGGGACUAGGUUUGGACAUACAACAAGAAAAGGAUAUGAGGAAACGAGCAACAAAGUUGUGCAAUUGUUUAAUGGAAAGUGGCAAAUUUAUAGUAAUCCUUGAUGACAUGUGGAAACACUUUGAUCUUAAAGAGGUGGGAAUCCCAGAUAAAGCAGAUAAUAUCAAGUUGGUCUUAACCACUCGAUCCUUCGAGGUAUGCCGCCAAAUGCAGUGUCAAGAAAUGAUAAAAAUAGAACCUUUAUCUCAUAUAGAAGCUGAGAGCUUAUUUUUGGAGGAGCUUGGAUCCGAAGUGACCCUUAAUUUGGAAACUAGACCAGUUGUGGAGUCCAUUGUUCGAGAAUGUGCAGGCUUGCCGCUUGCAAUCAUCACAAUGGCAAGGAGCAUGCGAGGAGUGACCGAUGUGUUUGAAUGGAAGGAUUACUUGGAGAAAUUAAGAGAAUCAGAUAUGGGGAAAACGGAUAUGGAAACGCAAGUCUUAAUGAAAUUGGAAUUCAGUUACAAGUGCCUUGGUAAUCAUGAAAUUCAACAGUGUUUCUUAUCUUGUGCACUUUAUCCAGAAGAUGAAUUGAUUGACAAGUUCAAGUUGAUAGAAUUCUUUAUUGAUCAAGGAUUGAUUGGUCGAUUGAAUACGAGGGAGAAACAAUACAUUAGAGGCCUCACCAUACUGAACAAACUAGUAAAUGUUUGCCUAUUGGAAGUUCAUGGGAGCAUGAUGAAGAUGCACGAUUUGAUUAGAGACAUGGCAUUACACAUCAUGAGUGUGACUUCGAUUGUAAAAGCGAGAAAAGGGUUGAGGAGGAUACCAUCUGAAGAAUAUUGGACGGAUGCUUUGGAGAAAAUUUCUCUGAUGGAGAAUAAUAUUGAAGAAUUUCCCUUGAACAUGUCACCAAAUUGUCCUAAACUAUCGACUUUUCUAUUGAAUGGAAGCUUGUUCUGUGAGGUCAUCCCUGAUUCUUUCUUCAUACAAUUAUUGGGGCUAAAGGUUCUAAACUUGAGUGGAUGUUGCCUCAAAGAACUUCCAAAUUCCAUUUCAGACUUGGUAAACUUGAGAGCACUAUUGCUUCAAUAUUGUCCGGGCUUGCGCCGUAUUCCUUUUUUAGGGAAGCUCAAAUCUUUGAGAAAGUUGGAUAUUUGUUAUUCUGUUAGGGUUGAAGCGCUCGAGGGUCUCGAAAUGCUGGUGAAUUUGAGAUACCUUGACCUAUCUCAUACACGCAUAGAUAGAUUACCCAAAGGAACAUUGGGGGCUUUGCGAAACUUGCAAUAUCUUAAAGUUCAUAUAGUAAAUGGAGAAGACAUUACAAAUUUGUGGGCGUUGGAGACCCUUGAAUGCUACUUUGAAGAUGUGGAUGAUUUCAACAAGUUUGUGAGGGUAGCUUUUGAGAAGAGAAAUAACCCUCGGUAUUACAAUCUCAACGUGCAUCAAGAAGAAUUGAAGGAUUAUAUGAAAGUAAAUGAUGAUGCUCAAUUUGAGAAUUGUGAGAGGGGUGUCGACAUUGCAACGAGGAGUCAAGCUAUUGUGAGCGUGGGAGGGGAAAUUAAUGGCAGUGGCGUUUGUAUUUUGAUUCCUCAAGAUGUGCAGGUAUUGAGAGUAAUCGAUUGCGAUGGUACAACAAAUUUGUCUAACGUGAGUUUGCUUGAAAACCUUGAGAAGCUAAUAAUAGUCAAAUUGAAAAACUUGUGGGUGCUCAAUGGAGGACAAGAUGAAGAAAUAAUCAACAUCCGUGACUCUCCUGCCCCAGCCCCAACCCCUCUCCUCUUCCCAAGCCUUAGGGUUUUGAUAAUAAGGAAAUGUCCGAAACUGAAGUAUCUCUUUGGGCACGGGCCUAAAUUCUACCUUCCACAUUUACGAGAGAUUGCAAUACAUAAUUGUGAGGAAAUGGUGGGGAUAGCAUCACCACCACCGCAACCUGCCCCAGACCUCCUAGUCUAGAAGAGAUUUAUGUUUCAGGGUGUGAUAAAAUGAAGAGAGUGGUAGAAUCUGAGUGGCUGCCCCACUUCCCCAAUCUGCGAGAUAUCAUAUUAUUCUAUUGUGAGAGCAUGGAGGAGAUUAUCAGAGGUCCUCCCCCAUACAUGCCGGUUGAAGGGAUUUCUUUGGAAUGGCUUUCGGUAAGAAAUUGCCAUAACAUGAGAAAGCUGUUUUUGCAUGAGUGGCUGUUCCAUCUUCGAAAUCUUCAACGUGUCGAUGCCUUAGGCUGCAAAAGAAUGGUGGAGAUGAUAAGCGGAGCGGGACAAGACCAAGAAGGAGUUGUUAUGCUUCCAAAAUUGAAGCAUUUGUGGCUACAGGAUCUACCCCAGCUGAAGAACAUAUGCAAAGUCCCAAUAACUUGCGAUUCCAUGGAAAAUUUGAUGGUGAUCAAAUGCCCAGAGUUGAACAGGAUCCCUUUGCAAUUGCGAUUCAUUGAUAUUGAGGACCUUCCACAUAUUGAGGUGGAAGGUGAGGAAAAGUGGAAGACGCUGAUAUGGGAUCAUCCCAAUGCUCAGGCUCUUCUUCAAUCUCAUCUCCAUUUCCGCUGGGGUAACUGUAUUCUACGAGGCCGGCACGAAUCUCGUUCCCAUAUGAAUUACUUUUCUUCACAUGUCGUACCGGCGGAGUCCUUUACGGGGCAGUGGAACUUGGAGAUGUCGGGCGGGCAGGGCUGAACCUGGGCAAAGGAGUGCGGGCAGUAGGUGCUGAAGGUGCGCGCCUGAUCCUGCCUUCUGGGAGGAAACCCUGGGCAGCUGGGCGAGGCAGCUUGAGCGAAUUUAGUCAUUGUAGCUAAAUUAAAGGAUCAAAGUUUGCUUUGCCCUCACAGGGCAUUGUGAGCUAACAACUCCGAUCCAUAAUUCAAUAGAUUG